AUGGCGUGGCUUGGAGACGCGGUCGACGCGCAGUACACGAUCGACACGGUGUCGAAGCAACAGGCGCUGCUGCCGUCCUCCAAUGCCUUUUCAAUCUUCCCGAAGGAUCAUGUUCUGCGCAUCUUUCAGCUAGAUGCGCUUGUGUUGCAACAGGAACUCGUCGAGAUUCUGCAAAUGGCGCUCUUCCAUGUGUUUGACAUCCCGCCCCUCCAGCACUUUCGCUUCGCCUAUCAGGAGGAGCUUGUGCUCGUGUUGGAUGCCCUGUUGUACCGUCUGUCGGUGUGGAGCAUGGGGCAGUCCAUCGGGGACCGACUGCAGAACUUAGUCCUUCGCGAUGAAGAGCGGGCGCGUCUGCUGGCCCUGCAGAACACAAGGUCGAUCCUCCCCAGCCUCGCUCCAUCCCGCCGACUCCUGCUGGUGCACGCGAUCAUGACGCUUGUAAUCCCGUACGUCACCCGCAAGGUGCAGCGAAAGGUACUAGAGGAGGGCUGGGAGCGUGAGCCCGUCGCAACGACGCGGUAUCGCAUCGCCAAGGCACUCCGCUAUGCCGUCGUCACAUGGUCUUUGCUCUCUCUUGCCAACACGUUCAACUUCCUGAUGACGGGGAAGUACCGCACCCUCGUCGAGCGCAGCCUGUCUCUCCGUCUCGUCUACGGCUCGCAGCGGAUGAUGCGCUUUACAAACCUACUCUACAUGAAUCAGCACGUGCAGUGGCAAACGUGGAUGUCGCUCUUCAGCGCGCUUAGUCUGGGGCGAUACUUCCGGCGACUCAUGAAAAGCUUCAGCUCCGUUGCAUCGUCGCCGGCGUUGCUAUCCAUGAACGAGAACUUGUGCAGCGCGUGCCAUGAGCUGCCGACAGUGUGCCAGCGGUCGAACUGCGGCCACCGCUACUGCUACUACUGCAUCAAGAGUCGGCUGCUCGAUAGUCAAUCCACCGGCUCCUUUCGUUGUAUAAAAUGUGGCCAAGCCGUGCACAGCUGCGCCCCUGCGUAG